CCUCGACGGGCCUUUUCCCUCGUUCCCGCGCUCGUGAUGCCUUCAAGAGGCCAGCAGGAGCCCCAUCAGGCAGAAGUUGAUGGUUGGAACUCAUCGCUGAGGCCUAUCGCACGGCAUCAUGGCGGCUGUGACGGUGAGGCGAGCAUUACGAUAGGAGAGGGAUGCCGGAUGACUGAUCAAUCAAAAGAGGUGCUCUGUGUUGUUCGGUUGUCUGACAAACAGGACGGUAGCAUGAAAUGGCCGCAGCAGAGAGGUGCGCACGACUCGCACACAACACAGCACACAACAGAUGCACUCAGGUGUGUGCUGUGCUGUGCUGUCUGUCAUGUGUUGCAGCCGUGUUGGUGGGUGGGAUGGUCAAGAGAGCAGCGUCGAUGGGCUGCCGCGACGCGAACCUCACGUGGGCGGUGCAGCUGCUGGACGUGUGCCGCGCCGACCGACUCAUCGACACAAACGACGCCACGCAGGCAAAGAGAUCUGAAUGGCAUACAGAGAGUGAGGACUCAUGGGAUGUGUGUGUCACUUGCCUGGCUGCUGACACACAGAUAGCAGAUGCGUGUGUGGCCGCCUGCGUCAAGCGGCUGGAGCCACACUUGCUGAUGGACUACAUGCCGGAUGACCCCCCCCACACACACAGACAGGUACUGAAACACAGACACACGCACACGACGCUCACCUGUGCAGCGCCGACCUGUCUGUCUGUCCGUUUGACUCUGUGUGCAGGUGAUGAAGCGUGUGGCGGUUGAUAGUUCUGUGUGCGGCAUUGGGUGUCUGGAUGGGCUGUUCGCUGCUGCCGGCAUGGACACCCACGGCCGCCUGUUCUCAUUCGCCAAAUACCUCAUGGUCAGUCUGUCCGCCAGCCACACAGGAACACGUCCAGCUAUCGCAUGGCUUCUCCCUGUCGUGUGUCUCUGUGUGUGCAGUUCUUGUCGAUGUGUGACAUCAACUUGGCCGCGUGCGAUGUCCGUCUGCUGGCCGCCACGGCCGUCUACAUCACACGCAAGACCAACCAGGGCCAAAGAGCGGGCGGCAUAUGGGUGAGCCAAAGCGGCACGUGUCAUGGCCUAUCUAUGGCCUGUGUUCAUUUGUGUGUCUGAUUGUCUAUUGUCAGAGUACGGCCCUUGUGGGUCAGAGUUUGGUUAGCGAGUCGGCGUUGGAGUCUGGCAUGACGACGUUGAGGAUGCAGCGGCUCAUGUGGCGCGACACCCGGACCACCAAAGGGGUGCGCAUGUCAGAAGACCAGUAG